CUCUUCUUCCUCCUCUGGGAGCUUCCGGGACGCCAAGGCCUGUUCCGGAAUAGCCGGCACCCGUUUUCUCGGCCUCUCUCAUUCUCUGGCUUGUGACCUUCCGGCACCAUUUACACGGCAGGUGGCUGUGGAGGACCUUCCCCGCCCACGCUGCACUCCCGUCACUCAGAGCGCGCGCUGCGACCCAGGAACUAAUCAGCAGCUGCCCUAGGUGACCAUGUCGGAGUCUGGGCACAGUCAGCCUGGGCUCUACGGGAUAGAGCGGCGGCGGCGGUGGAAGGAGCCAGGCUCCAGUGGCCCCCAGAACCUUUCUGGACCUGGUGGUCGGGAGAGAGACUACAUUGCCCCCUGGGAAAGAGAGAGACGGGAUGGCAGCGAAGACCCCAGCACUAACGUCAUGCAGAAAACCCCCAUCAUCCUCUCAAAGCCCCCAGCUGAGCGGUCAAAGCAGCCGCCACCUAGUACAGCGCCAGCUGCACCGCCAGCCCCGGCCCCACUGGAGAAACCCAUUGUGCUCAUGAAGCCACGUGAGGAGGGGAAGGGGCCUGUGGCUGGAACAGGGGCUUCCACCCCUGAAGGUACUGCGCCCCCGCCCCCCACGGCCCCUGCACCACCCAAGGGAGAGAAGGAGGGGCAGAGACCCACACAGCCUGUGUACCAGAUUCAAAACCGGGGCAUGGGCACUGCUGCCCCAACUGCCAUGGACCCUGUGGUGGGCCAGGCUAAGCUCCUGCCCCCAGAGCGCAUGAAGCACAGCAUCAAGCUGGUAGACGACCAGAUGAACUGGUGUGACAGUGCCAUUGAGUACCUGCUGGAUCAGACGGACGUGUUAGUGGUCGGUGUCUUAGGCCUCCAGGGGACAGGCAAGUCCAUGGUCAUGUCACUGCUGUCUGCAAACACUCCAGAGGAAGACCAGAGAGCGUAUGUCUUCCGGGCUCAGAGUGCAGAGAUGAAGGAACGAGGGGGCAACCAGACCAGUGGCAUUGACUUCUUCAUUACCCAAGAGCGGAUUGUCUUCCUAGACACACAGCCCAUCCUCAGCCCAUCCAUCUUGGACCACCUCAUCAAUAACGACCGCAAACUGCCUCCAGAGUAUAACCUCCCUCACACCUAUGUGGAAAUGCAGUCCCUGCAGAUAGCUGCCUUCCUCUUCACCGUGUGCCACGUGGUGAUCGUCGUGCAGGAUUGGUUCACGGACCUCAGUCUGUACAGGUUCCUGCAGACAGCAGAGAUGGUGAAGCCAUCCACACCGUCCCCCAGCCACGAGUCUAGCAGCUCUGCAGGCUCAGACGAGGGUACCGAGUACUACCCCCACCUGGUCUUCUUGCAGAACAAGGCACGUAGGGAGGACUUCUGUCCCCGGAAGCUACGUCAGAUGCACCUGAUGAUUGACCAGCUCAUGGCACACUCCCACCUGCGCUACAAGGGGACGCUGUCCAUGCUACAGUGCAACGUCUUCCCAGGGCUGCCGCCCGACUUCCUGGAUGCUGAGGUCAACUUGUUCCUGGUGCCCUUCAUGGACAGUGAAGCUGAGAACGAGAACCCACCUCGAGCAGGACCUGGCUCCAGCCCCCUCUUUUCCCUCCUGCCUGGGUACCGAGGUCACCCCAGCUUCCAGUCCUUGGUCAGCAAGCUCCGCAGCCAGGUGAUGUCUAUGGCUCGGCCACAGCUGUCACACACGAUCCUCACUGAGAAGAAUUGGUUCCACUACGCUGCCCGCAUCUGGGAUGGGGUGAAGAAGUCCUCAGCCCUGGCAGAGUACAGCCGCCUGCUGGCCUGAUGCCGAGGGAGCAGCAGCAUGCAGGGAACUGCCCUGUCCUGUGGGCUGUCCUGUGGACAGUGAGGGCACAGCCACCCUCCAGCAAGGGAGGAGAGUGACAGAGGCCUGGCAGAGGGAUCGUGGCUUCCCGCUGAGAGACGUGAGGUGUCUGAGGCCAGCCCCUCCCUCAAAUGGGGGGCUGCUCACAGGGUGACUAAGAGAUCCCACCCCGAGCCUGGUAUGAGCAGCCUUUCCCAAAUCUCCAUAGAGACCAGCAGCAGCAGGAGGAGGAGUCAAUGUGCCAGGAAGCCUGACCCCACUGAGUCUGACUCCAGGCCUUCCGUGGGAAACGGGGUUGGGGCUGGAGAGCUUUUCAAGACGAGGGUCUGAUGGUUCGAAUAAAUGUGGUCACAGA